UGUCCCAGAAGCCCCUUGCGUUGCGCGUAGGAAACCCUGUAGCGACGAGUUGCCAUCUUGGACAGUCAGUCACACUCAGUCAGGAUAACCCGCUCCAGCUCCGUUCUUAGCUCCACAAUCACACCUUAAAGACCGCAUUCCCGAGCCACGAUGGCCACUGCACCAUAUAACUACUCCUACAUUUUCAAAUACAUCAUAAUUGGGGACAUGGGGGUUGGAAAGUCAUGUUUGCUUCACCAGUUCACAGAAAAGAAAUUCAUGGCAGACUGCCCUCAUACAAUUGGUGUUGAGUUUGGUACAAGGAUAAUUGAGGUGAGCGGACAGAAGAUCAAGCUGCAGAUUUGGGACACAGCUGGACAGGAGCGCUUCAGGGCCGUCACUCGCUCCUACUACCGUGGAGCUGCAGGAGCACUUAUGGUCUAUGAUAUUACCAGGAGAAGCACUUACAACCAUCUCAGCAGCUGGCUGACUGAUGCUAGAAACCUCACCAACCCCAAUACUGUGAUUAUCCUCAUAGGAAACAAAGCAGACUUGGAGGCCCAGCGGGAUGUCACAUAUGAGGAAGCAAAGCAGUUUGCUGAGGAAAACGGUUUGUUGUUCCUGGAAGCCAGUGCAAAAACAGGUGAAAAUGUUGAGGACGCGUUCCUGGAAGCUGCUAAAAAAAUAUACCAGAAUAUCCAAGAUGGCAGCCUGGACCUAAAUGCAGCUGAGUCAGGGGUCCAGCAUAAGCCCUCGGCCCCUCAGGGUGGUCGGCUAACCAGCGAACCACAGCCCCAGAGGGAAGGCUGCGGCUGCUAAUGACCAAGCAAAAGCAACCCGUGCCCUGCCUUCCUUUCUGUCUGUUCUGCUCGCCCUCCCUUAACCCCACCCCUUCAUUCCGACACCUCCUUAUGUUCAUCCCCCAUUGCACCAGGAGCUUGGGAGAAGGGCUGCAGAGGAAAGGAACGGGAGGAAAAACAUCGACCAGGGCCAGACUGAGCUGGGCUAUGUGGACUACAUCUCCUCCUCCUCCUCCUCUUCUUCUUCCUCUCUGCCUGUCUCCCUUUGUCACUGUUCCACUCCUUUUACUCUGUGUGUUUUUUCCCCAUUACUCUCCUCUUCUGCUCCUCUCCAGUCAUCCUGCAUCAUUCAGUCUCGUUCCCCUCAGUCAGUAGUGUUGUAGAUGCCACCACACGUUACUGGUCACUGACACUUUAGAUAGAUAUAAUGUUCAUACAGUAACAAAGCAAGACUGUUUUAAUGUUUGGUUUUAUAGCUAUAUAUGAAAUGUAAACACUGCAUUAAUUUUAAUUCACCAAUGAUCAGUUUUGUCUAAGUGGAAUCUGAAUUAUAUUCCCAAACUCUCUUGCAUGGUUUAUGAUUCCAGCAUUUUAUCCAAACAUGCAGAUGAUAUAUCCCACUCGUGUUUAAUGAGUGUCGGGGCAGAAGGCAAUGACGUAGUUUAUUGAGCAGCCGUACAGGUAGAGGCUCUGUGUGUGUAAGAAAAUUGUAACCAAGCAAGCUUUUUGGAUCCAAACCUAUUAGUGGCUUUUAUUUGUUUUUGCCACUACGCACAAAGCAAAUCCUUUGCUAAAUCAGAUUAACUUAAAUAAGAUAAAGGUGGAUAUAAUUUAGGAGAUAAAUCAACACUGAGAAUGAUAAGAAUUACCCACAAAUAUAUUUUGGGUGAAUCCUCUCUCUGCUUUGAGACAUCACAGGAAAGAAUUAUGAGUGUUUUCCAGCUGGCCUGUGUAUUACAAAGCUGGACCGACGGUUUUUGGGGACUUAAGUUAAGAUGUCACUUUAUCAAAAGUCUUUUCUCUUUUUUGGUGGAAAGAUUAAUCUUUUUUUUUUAUUUUGUUUUUUUUGCACCAGCUCUCCUUCUCAUACAUCCAUCCCCAAAACACUCCCCAUUGUCAUAUCAACAGGUUCUGUCUUUACCAGCAUUUCUUUGUCAUUGUUUGUUGCCUUAUUACAAUGAAUCUUUGUUUUUCUGCACUUGUUCAUACUGAUAACAGGUUCCCCCUGAUGUAAUAAAUUUGCUCUGUUAUGAUAAUUAUUGCAUUUUACUGGAAAAAUAAAAUGCGGUCAUUCAUGGCAUUACCAUUAGCAAAGUGUCAGCCGCAUGGAUUUACAGCCACAUCUUUACUAUUUGGUUGUAAAAGCAUAAAUAUGUUGCACUCCUUUCUGACGAAGCUGCACAGAAGACCUGAUUUCUUUUUCGUGCAGUUGCGCUGCCUCAUAAAAUACCAAGCAGCAUGGCCUACUAAAACCUGAUGAAAUCAAGUUAUGUUUGUUUCCUUCAAGUACGAUUUCUCUGUAUCAUAGCAACUCCCUGAUUAGACGGCUGUAUAUAUUGCUUCUAAACUGCUGGUGAUGACAUAGCUAAUGUACUUUGGAUUUAGAAAUUUAUUUGGUUCUGCCAAGAUCUGUACAGUCGGUGUGCUAGUGGGUUGCCUGUAAUUCAUGCUUGGGAAAUUCUGUAAUAUAGUUUCUAUUAAUAAAUGUAUGUAAAGGACAGACCCAUAUACACCCCCCAACCACCCUGUCUGCACAAUGCUGAACCUGCAGAUGGAUUGAUGGGAGCAGAAGUGGAUUGAGAUGAUGUGCAAACUAGUAUUUAAGUCAGCAAGCAUUGCUCUUAUUUCUGUACAGAGUGGAGAACAGGGCGCGUCUGUGUUGAUUUAUUGUUUUCGUUUUUUCACCCCAUCAUGGCUUCUGUGUGGGAGGGGCCAGCAUCACUGUCUUAACUCUUGGGGAACAGGGUUUGUUAUUGUGGAAAGUGGGUGGGCUGGGGCUUCCUUUUUCCUGCAUCCCACUUCUUUGCAGUUUGAGUGACCACUUCCUGCUUUUGUCUGUCCAAAACUACAAAAAAAAAAGUACAUAUGUAUAAAUUUUUAAGCUGUGCUAACAUUUAAAUGCGUUCUUGCGUGUAUAUGAUUUUAAAAUGUUGACAUUUUGAUUUUAAUGACAAAAUACUCUAGACAGGAAAAAAAUAAAUUAUACAUAACCUG